ACACAAUGAGGCGAGUGGUACGACAGAGCAAGUUUCGGCAUGUAUUUGGACAAGCGGUGAAAAAUGACCAGUGUUACGAUGACAUCCGGGUUUCUCGAGUGACCUGGGAUAGUUCCUUUUGCGCUGUCAAUCCCCGAUUUGUUGCCAUAAUCAUAGAAGCGAGUGGGGGCGGGGCGUUCCUUGUGCUCCCUCUGCACAAGACUGGUCGAAUUGACAAAUCCUACCCUACAGUAUGUGGCCACACGGGACCGGUGCUCGACAUAGACUGGUGCCCGCAUAACGAUCAGGUCAUUGCCAGCGGUUCAGAGGACUGCACGGUUAUGGUAAGCUCCCAGGGGGUGGCAUGCACACAGGCCACAUGGUUUUGUUUGCUUUCAGGCUGUGACAAUGCCAUCAUCAUCUGGAAUGUGGGGACGGGGGAAGCCCUCAUAAACCUGGACGAUAUGCACUCGGACAUGAUUUACAAUGUAAGCUGGAACCGGAACGGCAGUCUGAUCUGCACAGCUUCCAAAGACAAGAAAGUGAGAGUGAUCGAUCCUAGGAAGCAAGAGAUUGUUGCCGAGAAGGAGAAAGCGCACGAAGGAGCAAGACCCAUGAGAGCCAUCUUUCUGGCUGACGGGAAUGUCUUCACCACUGGUUUCAGCCGCAUGAGUGAGCGGCAGCUGGCUCUCUGGAAUCCGAAAAAUAUGCAGGAACCAAUCGCUCUUCAUGAAAUGGACACUAGCAAUGGGGUGUUGCUGCCCUUCUAUGACCCUGACACCAGUAUCAUUUACUUAUGUGGAAAGGGUGACAGCAGUAUCCGCUAUUUUGAGAUCACAGAUGAAUCCCCGUAUGUCCACUACCUCAACACAUUCAGCAGCAAGGAGCCUCAGAGAGGGAUGGGCUACAUGCCCAAGAGGGGACUUGACGUUAACAAAUGUGAGAUCGCCAGAUUCUUCAAACUUCAUGAGAGAAAGUGUGAGCCUAUUAUCAUGACUGUUCCAAGGAAAUCGGACCUUUUCCAGGAUGACCUGUAUCCUGACACAGCAGGGCCCGAAGCGGCGCUGGAGGCAGAGGAGUGGUUUGAGGGGAAGAAUGCAGAUCCAGUCCUCAUCUCCUUAAAGCAUGGAUACAUUCCUGGCAAAAACCGGGAUCUCAAAGUGGUCAAGAAGAACAUUCUGGAUAGCAAGCCCACUGCAAAUAAGAAGUGUGACCUGAUCAACAUCCCCAAGAAAACCCCGGACACAGCCAGUGUGCAAAAUGAAGCCAAGCUGGAUGAGAUUUUAAAAGAGAUCAAAUCUAUAAAAGAUACAAUCUGCAAUCAAGACGAGCGCAUUUCCAAGUUAGAACAGCAGAUGGCGAAGAUCGCCGCCUGAAGGUCCACCCCCCACCCCCAAAAUGGGAGCAGGAACUCUUCGUGGUAGCCGGUUGUGGGCGUGGUCCCAGGGAGGGCGGAAGGGAGGCACUGCCAUUUGGGGACCUUCCGUGUCAGCGGCCCGUGUCAACCAGCCAUGGGCCGCAUUCCAGUCAGAACUCAAUUCGUCUCCCAAAUUUGCAGAAACAAAAUGUGAUUUAAAAGCUGAGCUUUUUAUCAGAAAGCUUUUUUGAUGUUUUAAGUGUUACGUGACUUGUCGAACUUUUAAAAGACAAAAGUGCUACUUUUAAAAUCCCAGAUAUUCUGAAUUUUAGAAAACCGACCAAUUC